CCCAUAUCGGUUCCUUCUAUCGGCAGGAUGAGUAGCGGCAAGCGGAAAGAAGAGCAGCCCGUGUCCAACGGGGGAGUGAAGGUGAAGGGGCCCCUGUGGAGCAAAGCCCUGCGGGGACACUCUACAUGGGAGGACAAGGACGAGUUCCUUGAUGUGAUCUACUGGUUCCGACAGAUUUUGGCGAUUAUUCUGGGGGUGAUAUGGGGCGUUGUCCCUUUGAAGGGUUUCAUCGGAAUUAUUAUUUUUUGCGUGAUCAAUGCCGGCGCACUCUACCUGUAUUUCAGCAGCUUUCAGCAAGUAGACGAGGAAGAGUAUGGAGGAACGUGGGAGCUAACAAAGGAAGGAUUUAUGACGUCAUUUGCACUCUUUAUGGUGGUCUGGAUCAUUUUCUACACUGCAAUCCACUAUGAUUGACGAUGAUUUUAUUUCCCCUUUGCCAAAAUUUCCCAACAUUUGUUUUACGGACCCGUUUCUUUUUUUCUCUUUUUUUUUUUUUUUUUUUUUUUUUUUUUAAUGAAACUAAAAUGAAGCCUGGAGGAGUUGGACUGUUUAUUUAACAGCAUUAAGCACAGGACUGAACCUUCAUGGGAACUGUGGCUGGCAGGGUCUUGUGUUUUUUUUACUGAGGGGAUUAAAAUCCUUUUCUUUUUUUACACCUGGAAACAUGCUGUUAGCGUUUGCCAUUGAUUGGACCCCCGUUAUCUUAUACCAUAACAUGAGACCUUGAUCACCAGUCUCUCUCGUCUUCCUCGUAAUUGUCCAUCUGUCCGGGAGCAAGCAGCCAACCCACUGUCCUACAAAUAACUCUGCUGCUACACCCUUACUGGACCAACAAUAGAACGUCACUACACGGGAGCCUUGGCACGGCAGCUAUAUUGGAAAUAGGCAGCAGAAAAUCCCCAAAGGGCUCUGAUUCUAAUAAUUGCUUGAAAUGACCUUCUGUGGUUAAUAAGAGGAGGGCUGCAGUUCUGUUACAUCCUAUCACACUUUCUAACCAUUCAGCUGUAGAAUUAUCUACAGCCACAAGCUAUGAGUGAUGCAGCUGUCCCUCCUGGCACGGAAGGGGUAAACUUGAACCUGACUUGUUUCUCACUUCAAGCUACACAGUAUUUAAACAAAAGUAGUAUUUAAGCUGAUGUGAAUGUGUUUUACAAUUAAAGUUCUGAUUUAUUGA